GUGGAAAUUGAAGCACACAACGCUGAAGACCUGUCCUGAGGGUGCUCUAGAAAGUCUCCAGAGGGUCAUUUCAUGGGGGAAAAUCCUGCCAAGAACCAUUACGCACAGCUUAACCAGGGAGAAGAGAAUGAGAUGGAGAUUUUUGGCUACAAAACUCAAGGCUGCCGAAAGGCCUUGUGCAUUGCUGGAUACAUCUUGUCCUGUGGGGCUCUGCUGCUGCUGUUUUACUGGAAGCCCGAGUGGGAUGUGUGGGCAAACUGCAUCCGCUGCAGCUUGGAAGAAGCGGACAUUGUUCUGCUUAGAACAACAGAUGAAUUUCGGAUUUAUUCUCGUAAGACUGUGACAUGGAUGUCUGUGUCUGCACUUAUCAAAAGUAGAUUGGAUUAUCCAGCCGCUGCUGAGGAAGACUCAAUCUUCAGCAAAGCCAUAAUGAAGCCAAGUUUGCAAGUGAAAAUUAUCCAAAUACAAAAAAUCCGCUAUGUCUGGAAUAUCUAUGCAAAACAGUUCCAGAAAGUUGGAGCCCUAGAAGACCACCACACUUGCUCAGCUAUACAUGCCAAAUUUGGUUCUGGUCUCACCUGCAAUGAACAGAAUGUCAGGAGAGUUAUAUGUGGGCCAAACACUGUUGAUGUUCCAGUGAUCCCUAUUUGGAAACUACUCAUCAAAGAGGUCUUAAAUCCAUUUUACGUGUUCCAGCUGUUCAGUGUGUGUCUGUGGUUUGCUGAAGAUUACAUGGAGUAUGCCACUGCCAUCAUAAUCAUGUCUCUUCUCUCGAUUUUUUUGACUGUGUAUGAUCUUAGACAGCAAUCGGUUAAACUGCACAGACUGGUUGAGUCUCAUAACAACAUCAUGGUCACUGUCUGCAGAAAUAAGGAAGGUUGCCAAGAGCUGGAAUCACACCAUCUUGUUCCUGGAGAUAUGCUGGUUUUGAAAGAGGGCAAAACCCUUUUGCCUUGUGACGCCAUCCUGAUCAGUGGGCAGUGCAUUGUAAAUGAAAGCAUGCUGACAGGGGAAAGUAUUCCAGUAACAAAGACCCACUUACCCCAAGCGGAUAACUUCAAGCCCUGGAGAAUGCACUGUGCAGAGGAUUACAAAAAACACGUCCUCUUCUGUGGAACAGAGGUCAUACAGACCAAGGCAGAUGACAGAGGAGUAGUGAAAGCUGUGGUGCUGCGGACUG